AUGGCGGAGGAGGUGAAGACGAGAGGAGCAGCGAUGGGGGAGGAGCGAAGUGUGGAAGUGGCGGUGGAAGGGCUCCUGGCUGUGAGCGAUGCAGCGAGGAAGUCGAAGUUGGACGUGUCGCUCCUCCCCGACCCCUCCAAGUCGCUCGAGAAGAUCAGCAAGCUCGUCGAGACCUCCGCCGGCUCCCUGGCACCCUCCCAACUGGUGAACUUGAUCAGACGUCUCUCCUCCAAGGAGAUCUGCCUCCUCCUCAACCUCGUCGCUCGGGCCCACAAGAUCCCCAAGACAAGGCAGGACCCAGUGCAAGCGGAGCUGAAGAAGAUGCUCCCGUCGCUGCUGGGAGUUCUGCUGGAGAGAAAGGAGGCGAGGCAGGAACAGGAGCAGCAGCUGGACAAGUUUGACAUCUCCGCCCUGGCCAACGCCCUUGGGAUCUUGUUCCCCACUUUUGCGCGGGUGGUGGAGGGAGGGGAGGACGACGUGGUGACAGCAGCCACGCUGCUCAACGGGCUCAGCCGGGUGGGUUGGAAGGAGCUGAGUGAGGAGGGAGAGUUUCGCUCGUCUCUCCUCCUCCUUCACUCCAGCCUCCUCCGUCCUCCUCCCUCAGCCCUGCAGCCCCGGCACAUCGCCAUGUCGCUGCACGCCAUGUGGAAGAUGCAGACUCCUCCUCCUCCCGCAGUGCUCGAGCAAUUUCUGGCUGCCUGGAGGGUGAACGCGGAGCAGGAGGAGGGGAGGAAGGGCGAGGAAGACGGGCGAGGGGGGAGGGAGGAGAGAAGAACAGGCAUGUCGUCGCAGGACGUGGGGCUGGUGACGUUCUCGCUCAUGUCUCUCGGGCUGUCGCGACAUGAGCUCAUGGUCGAGGCUCUUGCUUCCUCCCGCCUCCUCCCUCCUCGCGCUUGGGACGGUCAGGCCAUCGCCAACACGCUCGCGUCCUUUUCCUUUGCGCUAGAGCACCUCGCUCCCUCUCCCUCCUCUCCCUCCUCUCCCGACCUUCUCGCGGUGCUGCUGGCUGGACUUGGCGAGGUCCUGCAGGGGGAGAAGUUGAAAGGCUGCGAGCUCGGGUCGCUGGUCUCCUCCCUCUCCUCCUGCGGCCUCUCCGUCCGCUCCCACCCUCUUCUCUUCCUCUCACUCGGCGAGAAAAUCUGCAAGCUCAACAAGCAAGGGAAGGGGAGCGAUCCUCAGCUUCUCUCAGCUCGUGACGCUUCAACGGCGCUGUUGUCCCUCGCUCGUUCCUCCUCCUCUGGGGCUCCAGCAGUGAUGGAGCAACAACAGCACCUUCUCCUCUCGUCUGCCACCCAGAAUGUGCUGAUACGGAGCAAGGAAAUGAUCAGAGGAAACGGAAAGGAGAUGGAAGAGGCGACGCGGGAGCUGUUGGAUGUCUACGCGUUCGUCUCCUUCCUCUCCCUCUCAGACGGUCAAGUCGCUCAAGUUGCCGACGAGGUGGCGACGAGGAUCGAGGAGGCUGCCUCCUUCUCCUCUUCCUCCCUCUGGCGGCCGCGAGUAGCCGCAAGCAUGCUGCAAUCGAUGUCGAGACGGCGUGGGGAGGCGGCGGGGAGGGCGAGGGAGCGAGUGCUGCAAGGGCUACAGGAGCAGGAGGAGUGGAGCGGGGAAGAGCUGGGGAUGGUAGCAAACCUGAUGAGGGAGCAGGGAGGGGCGGAGGACUUGACCGUCCUCGUCGCUAGUCGCACGUCGCAGCUGCUCGCGAGAGAAGGCGAGGUGGAGCUAGAGGAUCUUGCGGCGAUCGCGUCCUACGUCUCGUCGAGGGAGGGAGGAGGGAGAGGGAGGGAGGAGGAGAGGAGGAGGUGCCUGGAGGGGAUCGCAGAGGAGCUGGUGGCUCGGGGAGUGACGAGGAUGUCGCUCUCCUCCCUCACGCAGCUGCUGCUGGGGCUGACGAGGUCAAGGCAGCUGCCUCCCUCGCUCAAGCAGCUUCUGUUCGCCUCCAUCCGCAAGAACUCUCUGCGCUCCUUCUCCUCCUCCCAUAUCAUUAACAUUCUCACCGCCCUCUCGCUGGAGCAGCAGCAGCAAGAGCUCGAGGAGGAGCAGGAGGAGCAGGAGGUAGCAGGGGAGCUGCUGCUGUCGCCGAGUCAACGGGGGAUGCUCGACUUCAUAGUGACAGUGAUGCUCAACAUGAGGAUGGAAGAGGAGCCUCUGCCCUCCCUCGCCCUCGUCGCCUCCUCCCUCGCUAAACUCACUUACGCUCAUGCCAACUUUGAGAUCUUCCGCAGGAUGGUGCUGACGGGGCGUCAGGCUCGGAUCCUGCAGGAGCGAGAGGAGGAGGACGCGUCGCAACUGGCAGCGCAAGGGCAUCGCUCGCUCGCUGUCUUCGCUUCCUCCCUCGUCAAGUUUCCUUCUCCUCUCAACGCCACCACUCAGCAGGUUCUUCUCCGCCUCAUGGACGCUGCUGAGCUCGUGGAUGAUGCCAGCUGGUCGCACCAGGACGCGCAGAGUUUGGCACAGAUAGUGAGGAAAGGACCGGUCCUGCUUCCUCCCGAUCGGCUCCAGAGCUACAUCGAGCGGAUCAACGAGAAGCUGGCGGGGGACCUGCAGAGAAACUUCAAACUCCACUCGCAGCACGUCAGAGGAGCCACGAACAUUGCGCGGCUGCUGCCCUUCUUGCAGCAGCUCGAGCAAGCCAGCAGGAUGGGAGAGCUGCUGGUGAAGAAUGAGAUGCGAGGGAUGACGGUGAGAGGAGGAGGAGGAGGAGGAAAGAGGAGGAGGAAAGACGAGGAGGAGGAGGAGCUGACAGGAGCAUCAGGUGUCGGACGGGGUGACGUGCUGCUUUACUUCCAUCAGCUCUCUGCUUCUCCUUCUGCUCCUCUCCUGCUCAACCUCUGGGCUCCUCAUCUCAUCGAACAGCUGCAGACCCCAGGAGAGGACGAGGCGACAGGAGGAGGAGCAAGGGACUUGACUGCGCUAGUCAGACUCUUGAGCGUGAUCAACGGGAGGGAGGAAGUGGAGGGCACUGCUGCUGCUGCUGCUGCGCCUCCUCCUCCUCCUCCUGCUCUACUCCAGCUGCUCUACCGUCGCAUCCAGCAGGAAGUCUCUCGCUCCGAUGGACACCAUCGCCUACAGGAUCUCGUCCUCCUCCUCCGCAUGUCAGCUGGCAGUGAGCUGGGGGAGGCGGUCGCUAGCAGACUCUCCUCCCUCCUCUGCUCCCGCCGUGUCUGCUCCCGCCAACUCACUCCCCCCCUCCUCCUCUCCCUCCUCAGCACUCUCAGGGGUCAGCCGGCUGCUGCAGAGCUUCUCUCCGCCUCCUGCCUCUCCUUCUCCUCCGUCCCGGCACAUUGCUGGGCCUCAGCUAACGUCGUGCUGGGGCUGCUGGAGCAGCUGAAGGAGCUGAGGGAAGUGGGAGACCCGAAGAGAGCAGCAACGAGAGUGUUGUCAGAGGCUAUCUGCUCCCUUCCUGACGAAGCCUUGUCUCCUCGGCUGGCCGUCAGGAUUCUCUUUCGCUUGGGGAGGGGCAGAGAGCCGCUGGAGGACCCGGAGGCUGCUGCUGUCACCCGCCUCCUCUUCUUCCUCACCCGCUCCUCGCUCUCCUCCUGCUCCUACCGCGACCUCUCCUGCCUUGCUCGCGUGCUGGCAAUGAGGAAGGCCGAGGAGUCGCCGUUGUGGCAGGCGGUGGCGGAGCAGGUAGUCGUGCUGGAGGAGGAGGAGGAGCUGCCGCUGGGGGAUGCGGCCAGUCUUGCCGUGAACUUCGCGCGUAUGACGAAGCUGGAGGAGUAUGCGGGCAUGAAGGAGGCGCUGCGAACAAGGUUGAGGAAGGAGCUGCGGGGAGGAGGAGGAGGAGGAGGAGGAGCAAGUCAAAUGAGGAUGCUGGUGAAUCUGCUCAGCAGCUUUUCGGGGGAGCUCAGCGCGGAGGAGUGGGAGGCGGCAGUGGGGAGGAUGAAGGAGGAAGACGUUGCUGCCCUCCCCCUGCCUGUACAGUGCUCCCUCCUCCUCCUCCUCUCCAAGGCCAAGAUCUUCGACCGCGACCUCAUGCGGACACUUGCUAACGAGAUGGCGAGGAGGGCAGAGGAAGGCUCGCUCCCGCUCCCCCUCGCCGUCGUCGUCCUCAAGAGCAUCGCAGCCUCCGACAUGGUCUGGAUCGACGCGGCCGGCACGGAGGACGUCUUCCUCGCCGUCUCCCGCCUCCUCCAGCAGCGGCCGCUGAAGCAGCUCAGCCUCCAGCAGCUCGCCAUCGUUGCCAACUCGUUCGCACGCGUCAAGGUCUUCGACGAGCCUCUUUUCCUCCUCCUCUCCCGCGCCAUCCGCAAGAGAAGGGUGAACCCCUCCCUCUUCCGCGUUCAGAUCAUCGCCGUCCUCCUCUUCGCCUUCUCCCGCGUCCAGGUCGAGGACCCCCAGCUCCUCGACUUCCUCUCCGAGGUUCUCCUCCAGCUGCCUCCUGAGCAGUUCACCCCGCAAAGUCUGUCCGUCAUCAUCUCGGUGUACGCGGGGGCUCACAGGCGGCGGUCGAUGUCGUCGCUGGUGCAGCACAAGCCCUCGCCUGCUCCUCUCCCGCCUGCCUCAGGCAUCCUCGCGUUCCUCGCCUCCGUCGCCAUCCAAAUGAAACCUCAGACCUUCGAGCCCAGGCACAUUCGCGCCAUCGUGGAGGCUUAUCAUCGAGCAGGCGUAAGAGCAGAAGGACUGUGGGAGGUGAUGUCCAAGGCAUGGCAAAUCAGAUGGGGUACAGGAUUCAAGAGCGAGCAGGAGAUGAUUGACUUCCUGACAUCGUUGGACGAGGAGACGAGAAAGCCAAAGACAUCCAACGCCCAGUCGUCCUCCUCCCCUGGGGCUCAAGGCGACACCUUCGGGGCCCUCAAACGAUGGAUCAUCGGCGGGGGGAAGUGAAGGAGGAGGAGGAAGCGAGCAGGUCUUGGCGUGUAACAUAACAAUCAAUCACUGUC